AUAAAUUUUACCUGGUGGCGUGGGGUAACGUAAUUACCCACGUUCCUCAGUGAUUUGAGUCCAAAACAAGACCGCCAUGUCUGUCUUUAUUUUUUAAAUUUUUUAUUAAGCGCUCUGUCGUCUGCCUGGAGUUCUUUACCAACUAUACAACGACCGAUAGAAAACUCAGUUUCCUCUUACUAGAAGCGGAUAUAUUAAAUAUAAAAAAUCUGAAUAGAAGAUGGGUGUACGCUUACAGACAAUUGAGUGAGGACUUUAGACCAUCUUUAAGUUUUUUUAACGUUUAAUUAAUAUUUCAUGCGGAAAUAAAGUUUUGUACCUGUAAAAGUUAAGGUUUGCGCGUGAUUUGUUUGCAUAGCCACUCCCACCUCUGUAAUUUAUAUCGAGAUUUCUUAUUCCGUCAUAAACACUGUAGGCCUAUUCAAAUUACGGGCAUAUGUCCAUCCCGUUCGAAUAGUACCAAUUACUCUUUCUGUAAUAGGAAAUUAAUGGGAAAAUUCAGUCAUUUUGGUCUUUUCAGUAAAACCUACACUGUCAUAGUGGUGCUGGGAGUGUUGCAAAUCUUAGUGAUGCUAUUUUACUACAUGAGAACCUACAGCGCUGGCGGGUAUGCGCGGAGCGGGCAAAUCGCUGAAGUGACGGAAGAAGCGAACGGUGUUGAAGCAUUUAAAACGCUGGAGAAUUGUCCCGAGACGUCCCCGCUCUUAGUGGGUCCGUUGCGUGUGGAGGUCUCUGAUCUGAUGUAUCUGGAGCAGAUCAGACAGGAGCUCCUGCUGGUGGACAGGGGACACUACAAACCGCCCCAGUGUCUGUCUGUCCAGAAAGUGGCCGUCAUUAUCCCUUACAGACACAGGGAGCAGCACCUCAAAUACUGGCUGUACUAUCUUCAUCCCAUUUUGCAGAGACAACAGCUGGAAUAUGGGGUCUACGUCAUUGAGCAGGACGGCGAGGACACGUUUAACCGGGCGAAGCUGUUAAAUGUUGGCUAUGCUGAGGCUCUGAAUGACUACAACUAUGACUGCUUUGUCUUCAGCGACGUCGACAUUAUCCCGAUGGAUGACCGCAACACAUACCGCUGCCAUGACCAACCACGGCACCUCGCCGUCGCCUUGGACAAGUUCGGCUUCAGGCUACCAUAUAAUCAGAUUUUCGGUGGCAUCUCUGCGAUGAGUAAAGACCAGUACCUGAAGAUCAAUGGCUUCCCCAACAACUACUGGGGCUGGGGGGGGGAGGAUGAUGAUAUCUCCAACCGGUUGUCGAUUAGAGGAAUGUCCAUAUCACGGCCUAAUGUCUUGAUUGGCAAAUGCAAGAUGAUUCAUCACGAAAGAGAUAAGCUGAACCCUCCUAACCCUCAGAGGUUUGAAAAAAUUGCCCACACGAGAGAAACAAUGGACACUGACGGCAUCAACUCUCUGACAUACAAUGUGGUGAAAGUGGAGAAAGACCAACUCUUCACCAAAAUCACCGUGGACAUUGGCAAACCCUGAGCCUUAUACUCUCUUAAAGUGCUUAACCUCUUGGA